AUGAGCCCCAAUUCUGCUCAGGCUAAGAACAAGGGACCCAAGGCCUGUACAACAUGCGCUAAAGCUAAGGCAAGGUGUGUCCCUGGACCUCUAGGGAGCCUCAAAUGCGACAGGUGCCAUCGAUUAGACAAACCAUGUGUUAACCAAACUCCGGCUCCGGCCCGGCCCCGUAGAAGCCCAAAGCUAUCUAAGAUAGCUGCUUUAGAGAAACGCCUUGAAGAGCUGUCCUCGCACGUAAGGCGUGAGUCUUCAGAAGAGGAGGACUCCUCGCCUCCACCUUUAGCGAGUGAGAAACGCUCAGAGCUGUUAACAAAAUCCGAUGCCUGGGGUUUCAAUCACUUGUUUCCCUUGAAGCCGGGGAUUGAAAGCACCCCCGGUCAACAUCCUCCGCCAUCAGCUCCGGACAAGACACGGCCAUGGGACUCCUGGUGGCCCACGCCCCGUGAAGCGGAGCUACUUCUCAACGGCUAUAGGACAAUCCACUCAUGUCUAUUCCCGUUUGUGUGUGUUCCUGGGCAUAUGACAGCCCUGGAGCUGCGUGAACAUCGUCCAUUCCUGUGGAAGGCUGUCAUGAUGGUAGGGUUGUUUCUCGAUGGAGCUAGACAAGUCAAGCUUGGUCAAGAGCUCUUAGCUGAGAUUGGACGAACAGCUGUUGUGGAUGGCCUGAACAGUCUUGAUCUACUCCAGAGCUUGCAAAUGCUGGUGGCAUGGUUUCACUAUGCGCUGAAGGGCUCUCAAGUGACGAAUCUUUUGUUCCUUGCUAGAGCUAUAUGCGUCAAUUUGAGGUUCACGGAAGAUACGAGUCUCCAAGGAGAAGAAUUCGAUCGCAAUCUUGAUCAUAUGAGAGUUUACGCUGGCACUUAUUACCUUAACACUUUAGUGUUCACAGCGAACAAGCGGCCUGAUGUCCUCAUGAAUACCAGUCACCUGGAAAUGUGCUGCAGAGUUCUGGAGAGAACUAUGCAGCACCCCUCUGAUGAGUACUUGAUCAAGCUGGUGCGCAUUCAGCAGCUGGCACAAUCCAUAUCUGUCACCAUGUCAGCGGACAACCUAAGUCAGACCGCCAGCAAACUACCGUUGACAAUGUUAGUGCAAUCGUUUGAAGAACAGUUGCAGCUGUACAAAGACAAUCUUGGCCCGCGGUUAGCUGAUAACGGUAUCGCUCACGGUGACUUAGAUAAUCUCAAGACCCAUGUCAACGUAGCCGAGGUGCUCCUAUAUGAGAUCGCCGUCUCGGACCAACACUCUGCAGCAUCCUAUCUUCCUCUAACUGACCGACUUCAACUUCUCUGGGCUUGUGUUCGAUCUCUAAAGACUUUUUUCGAUAUCCGGUUCGAUCAUCGAGAGAUGGAACGACCACGUUUCCUGUGUAUGAGCGCGUCUGAACUUGUGUACACCAUCAUUGUUGGCAUCAAGGUCGUAACCCUUCAGUUACCCGGAUGGAACCUCGCCCAGAUACACGCAGAGCUUGACAUGGUCGAGGUGAUGAGCCAGCAAGCUCAAGAUCUGGACAUCAUCGUGGGGCGCCGCAAACACGGCAAUAUGCUAGGUACACCGACGCCCGGGGGAACGACAGCAGCUACACCAGCACCUCCACCAGAUCCUUUUGAAAGGCUUGUGAGGCAGCUCAAAUCAGUGAGAGACUUGGUUAAGGCUGAGAGACAGCGUUUGCUCACGGGAUCUGGCAACGCUGAUCUCGUAGACUUCAGUCAGGACUUCUUGAUGGAUGAUUCAGGAACAGAUUUUUGGCAAGCGGCGGCUACAAGAGGUUAUAAUGUAUGGAACAUUAUUGGCGACCCUGGUGUUUUAAAUGAGUCGACUUGA